UUCCAUUCCAUUACUAAGAUAACCCCUUACAGCCCAGUGCAGAUCUUCAGUAUAAGUAAGGACAAUCAAUGUGACUGGUCAGAGUUCCCAUUACUUCACGUAAAGAUCUUGUGUCAUUAGGAAUAAUCACAGCUUUAUAACAACAUGAACAGAAACUAUUAUUCUGAAAAGCUUUGCGGCAGCAAGGGUUAAGUAGUAGUCCAGCCUCUAUGGGUGGAUCUGUACGGCACCUGGAAGCAGGUAAAGCAGGUAGGGAGGGUUCAGGCAAACAAAACAGACAAGUCUUCCUGUGUCUAGGACAUACUUUCUAGUACAGCUGCAGCUGCCUGUCCUAGGUGAUAAGAUGAGAACCAAGGUUUCCUGGCAUUAUCUUCCCUAUAGUGUGUUACUGCUCUGUUUACUGGCUAUACAGGGUUCUACCGCUGACGUUCUAUGGACAGCCAAUGUGAACUUCACAUAUGUGAUAGAAAAUAGGACAUAUUGGGACGAGGCAGAGAUUGGGGUCUAUGGCCAUGACUCGCCAGUGGACAGGGCAUAUGGACUAGUCCUCCUGCCAAAGAGUAAGCAUAACCACUUACCAUCAUCUAGUCAAAUGUGCCCACCAUACCUGAACUUUAGUGUCCCGGAGAACUAUAAUGGUCCUUGGAUCGCUCUUAUACAGCGAGGAGGCUGUACGUUUAGCGAAAAAAUCAAAGCUGCGGGAGAGGCUGGAGCCAAAGCAGUGGUCAUAUACAACAAUGAAGGGAGCGACAAUGGGGUAUUUGAGAUGUCUCAUCCUGGCACAAAAGAAACCAUUGCCAUUAUGAUUGGAUAUAUUAAAGGGACUGAGAUUGUACAACUUGUACGUAACCGUAUCCAGGUAAACAUGGUGAUUGAGGUCGGCAAGAAGCAUGGAAACUGGAUGAACCAUUACUCUAUUUUCUUUGUCUCCAUAUCUUUCUUCGUGGUGACAGCCGCCACAGUAGGCUACUUCAUCUUCUACUCAGCUCGCCGGUGGAGACAUACAAGGGCUCAGAACCAGAAAAUGAAAAAGUUAAAAGAUGAAGCUAAAAAAGCAAUUGGUCAACUGCAGUUGCGCACCAUCAAGCAAGGAGAUAAGGUGCUUGGGCCAGAUGGGGAUAGCUGUGCUGUUUGUAUUGAAGCAUACAAAGCAAAUGAUGUUGUGCGCAUCUUAACAUGCAACCAUUUCUUCCACAAGAAUUGCAUUGAUCCCUGGCUACUGGAACACAGAACAUGUCCGAUGUGCAAGUGUGACAUUCUGAAAUCAUUAGGAAUUGCAGCUGAUGAGGAAGAAGCAGAUACCACUGUGGCAAUAUCUUCGGUAUCUAGUGAAGUUCAGCAGGCUACAAUGCAGAUAGAAGAAGAGACCCACAGUGAUAAUGCAUCCUCUGGAUAUGCUUCUGUCCGAGGCCUUGAAGAGAUUGCAGAAGACUCAGACAACGCCUAUGAGAAUGUGGAGCUUGUACACAGUGAUGCCUCAGCUACAGUCGUUGAAGUUCUUCCACAUAUGGACAAUCCAACAUUUGAGAGUGAAGAGGUCUCGCACAUUCAGAAUGUAAAGUCUUGAAAGGAUAAUACCGUCCAGUUUCCUAAAUAGUUUUAAUUGCAGAUUUUUCUAUUUUAAACAAGAAGCAUAGACUCUAGAAGGCAUCACCCUACAGAUGGAGAUGAAAGGCAUUUCACUAGGACCAAUGUUAAUUCCUAGCCGGAUUUUACAGCCUUGUAUACUACAAUUUUAAGUACUUUUACCUUGACAAAGUGCAUAUUUUAUUAUAGUCACAAAAUGUAAUUUUAUAGAACAAUUUUUAUGUGUAUUAAUCUAUUAAAUUAUCCAGUUUCAAUUUCUCAUGCACUAGAUACCUCACUAAAUCCCUAAUUCUGUAUUUACUAUAUCACUUUUGAUGUCACUUUAAUUCGGUAUACAGUGUUUGUCAACAAAUGGAAAAUGACAUAUCCCUCACAACGUCGCUCAUGUGAUAUGGCAGGCUUUGGUUGUCCAGCAGCUGGGGGGCACCCAACCUGCUCUGUUUAAUAAAGAUUGGUAAAGCACGGUGAGAGUUUAGGUGCAUCUACUGCAAGAAACCCAAAUUCUGCCGAUUUCUAUUUUACAGUAUUAGACUGUAUUUGUUUUGUUUUUCUUACAAAAUAUUAAGUUAGAUUUCUAAAAACUAACUAUGGCAUUGAAAACGCAGUGAAAAAAGUGCUGUAUGUGUACUUAUGUACCGUAUGUGUUGCAGAUUGAAAAAGUACAACAAAUGUCCACCAUGUUUUAACGUGGCCUUUACUGUUGUACUUGGUAAAACCUUUUGAAGUAGUAGUUACUAGGGUAGGUAAUAGUCAACUAAUCUUAUUCAGACUUCCAUAUGUUAAGGUUUUGUAUGUAAAAUUCAGUAAUACAAAAAGUAAUUCUCAUUUAAUUUUAAUCUUGCUUUAUGAUAAGACACAAUUAAAUAUUCCAUUGGCUUCUAAGAUAUUUGCAGGGAACACUGUACAUAUCUAUGGGGGGCACUGCCAUCUGGGUGCUCUGCCCAUGGACAAUAGGGGAUUGCAAGGAUAAGAUAUUCCUGUUAACCCCUAUUCUUAGGGUGUGUUGACACUAGCAUCAGACGCUCUGCUUAAAAUCUCCAUCAGUAGUUGUCCAAUGGGAUAUGCACAUCAGUGUACCAUGCUGUACCCUUCUUAAGGCCCAAAAUGAGAGACCCCACAACAGAACCUGGCAGACCACAUAAGUCAAUGGGAUGUGUUGGGUACUGUUGGUGUCCUUUAUUUGACUGGUCUAAUGCUGCCCCAAAGUUUUAUUUUACACAAGGCUUUCUAGAUGUUCAUUGUCAUUGAUACAUUACCAGUAGUACUAUUUGAAUUCUUUAUUAUCUACAACAGUUUACCAAUAAGUGUUGCUCCGGCUUUUGCAAAACUACAACUCCCAACAUGCUCAGACAGCCGAAGGCUGUCCGGGCAUGCUGGGAGUUGUAGUUUUGCAACAGCUGAAGGCACACUGGUUGGGAAAUACUGAUCUUCAAUCUUGCAUGAAUUUCUGUGACUGUCCCAUUGAUCUCAAUUAAAGAAAUCCAUGCACAUAUUGCAGAAACAAAAAUGACUAUACUGUAAGGCCAGGUUCACUAGGCCAAAAAUGGUGCGGAAUGUCCGCCUGCAAAACACAGGUGGACUUUCUACACAUUUUAAUGAUCCGGCGUGCCCUAGGACCGCUCGGAAAUGUGGCGUGCAAUGCAUUUCUGAGUGGAAUCCGCAGAAGGAAUAGACAAGUCUUUCUGCGGACAGCGACAUUAGGAUUUCCACAACAGAAACAUCUGCCACGGAAAUUCCAGCAUGUGCACAGUGCAGCUUAAUCCCAUUACAAUCAAAAGGACUCUGCUGCAGCCGAUUUUCCAUGUGGAAUACUCUUGUAGACAUUCCGCCAUGUGAACAGAGCCUAAGGAUACAUUCAAAAAUACUGGGUUUGUUGCAGAUUUGAUGCUGCGGAUGUGCUACUGAAGACUUUGUUCAAGAAUAUAGUUACACCCCUUUACACAGUGUCAAAUCUGCAGCAAACACUGUAUGUACCCUAAAGGGAAAUAUUUUAAGCAUAACUAGAAAGCCUUAAAGAGGUACUCCACUGGAAAACAUUUUGAUUUAAAUCAACU